UAUAUAUUCCGUAUCGGUUGAACCGUACCUUAAAAAUUUGUACGAGUAGAUUCAUCCCAGUUGUUGCAAUUUUGCGUUUCCCUUCAAUCAUGGAAUCUCCAAGUCUGAUCACUCCCAUCCCUAAUCUCCUCUUCUUCUUCACAGCUUUUCUCCUAAUUUACAUCAUCGCAUACCUCUUCAUCUUCCGCAAUUGGAAGCCCAAGCUCCGACCCGAAGCCGCCAGCUGCGCCAUCUCCCUGACCCACGGCACUCCCGCCGUGUUCUUAGCCGCAGCCGCCGUCCUCUCCGACGCUAAUCGGAGCUUCCACUCCCGGAACACGCCCUUCCAGAACCUGGUUCUCGAUUUCAGCGUCGCCUAUUUCCUGAUGGACCUUUUGCACUACCUGAUUUUCUUCCCGACCGACGCUCUCUUCAUCGCCCACCAUUUGGCCACCCUGUUCGUUUUCGUCAGCUGCCGAUACGCCGUCUCUCGCGGGGCGUAUUCCGUAUUAGGGCUCCUGGUUCUGGCGGAGGUCACCAGUUUCUGCCAGAAUGUUUGGACCCUGGCCGGGGUUCGGAAAUCCGAUUCGCAAUUGGCUGCCAAAGUGUACGGAUUCCUGUCCCCUCCGUUUUAUGCUCUGUAUUCUGUGGUUAGAGGGUUUGCCGGGCCGCUGUUUGUUUAUAGAAUGCUGGGUUCUUUUAUGAAAGGGGAAGCCGAGAAUGUGAUACCCAGAUGGAUGUGGAUUUCUUGGUUUACUGUUAUUAUCGCUGCAAUCUCUGUCAGUGUCUUGUGGGUUUCAAAUCGUUGGGUUGACUUGUAUCGACAGAAAAGUCAAAAACUUGACAAAAAAUACAGGUAGAGAAUUUAGGGCACAUUUAAUGCUUGUAAUAUUCUUACAGAAAAAUCAAACCAAUGAAGACUGACUCCUUUUACACUUUAUCCAGUCAGAUUGAAUUAGAGUUGUUUGUGUUUAUCUGCUGUUACUUUGACUUAAUGAAAUCCAACCUGCAAUUUAUUGUCACCCCUCUCUCCCUUUUAUUUUGGGUGAAUUAGUCAAGUAUGUUUAUG